GUCAAAAAACUUCAAGUCGUAAACAACAACAAACAUAUUUUAAUUUUUUCAUAAUUAAUUAUUGUUGAAAAGGGGCAAAACAUACAUUUCAUAUAAUAAAACUAGUCUUUCUUGCUGCCAUGGACGAAGACUACGACGAGAGGCAUUGGGAAAACACUGGAGAUAAUGAGUUGGAUGGCCCUGAUGAAACUGAAACCCCCGACCAAAUCCUGGCAGACUGUGCUGUCAAGUUUGCCACCCCCGACUACAUUAUGGAACCGGGGAUCUUUUCCCAACUGAAAAGGUACUUCCAGGCAGGUGGUAACCCUUUGCAGGUCAUUGAGGAACUCUCUCAAAACUACACGGCUGUAGCACAGAUGGCGAAUUUAAUUGCCGAAUGGCUUAUUAUUGGAGGUGUGAAGGUUCAAGAUGUCCAGGCAAUGGUGGAAAACCAUUUAAAAGAAAUGAUACUAAAAACUUUUGACCCCAAAAAGGCUGAUACGAUUUUCACAGAAGAGGGAGAGACUCCUGCUUGGUUGACUCAGCUGAUUGAACAUCCCACUUGGAGGUCUUUGAUUUAUAGACUGGCUGAGGAGUAUCCCGAUUGUCUUAUGUUAAAUUUCACUAUAAAGUUGAUAUCUGAUGCAGGUUUUCAAGGUGAAAUUACCAGUAUUUCCACCGCUGCACAGCAGUUGGAAGUUUUUUCUAGGGUGCUAAAAACUUCUAUAACGAGUUUUCUCACUAAUCCCGAAGAGUGGCAGAGUACUAGCCGAGAAUGUGCAAAAAUGGUUUGUCAUGGGCAGCACACUUACGUUUACAGCCAGUUGGUUAUCCACAUUUUGGCAAGGGAAAAUAAGGGUGGGUCAAGCAUGAAAAGAUUAUCCCAAGAAAUUAUGAAAUGUGCUCAGAAAAACGGAAACGAUAUAACGCCAAUUACGAUGGCCCUAAAUGGGGCCUCGGGGUACCCUCAAGCAGCACAAGCUUUAACGGCCAUGCUGUCAAAAAACACUUUAAAUCCAGCAGAUAUUACUGUCCUAUAUAGAAACUAUAACUCACCAGACCCACCGCCAAUUGAUUUAAUUCGCACGCCACAGUUCCUAGAAUUACUGGUGGACGCCCUAUUUAAACCUGGAGUGAAACUGAACCCCGACCACAAACCAAAGUACAUCCACUUGCUGGCGUAUGCCGCGAGCGUUAGCGAAGAACUGCCGAAAAAAGGGCAAAAGAGGGUGUCAAAUAAGGAGGAACUACAGGCGACCAUAAAAGCGAUAGAGACAGUGCAUGGUAUCUGUAACGGGAACAAAGGCAGCAGUGAACUUAUCGCGGACUUAGCUACGAUCUAUCAAAGUUUAAAGUUCCCAGUGGUGUCUUUGGGGGUGAUCAGAUGGGUGGAAUGUACGGUGACAGACUCUAGUUAUUUUAAACUAUCAACCGAACACACUCCUAUACAUUUAGCCCUUCUGGAUGAGGUGGUGACUUGCCAUGCUCUUUUACACUUUCAGGUGUUGGAGUUGCUUAUUCGUUUGUUCGAGUCCAAACAGGACGAACUUGAAAUCUUAGUGCAAUUAGAGAUGCGGAAAAUGGUUCUGGAUCGGAUGGUGAACCUGUUAUGCUCAGGCUGUGUGGUGCCGGUGGUGAAAUAUAUCAAGCAAUGUUGGCAGCGUGGCGAUACGGAUAUAUCGCUUAUACGAUAUUUUGUUACAGAGGUUUUAGAUACUAUAGGACCUCCAUACACUCCCGAAUUCGUGCAAUUGUUCAUGCCGAUGGUGGAAAACGACGAAAUCACUGGAACCAUGAGGGGAGACGGCGAAAACGAUCCCGUGUCCGAAUUUAUCGUGUACUGCAAAGCAAACUUUACACCAAUAAUCUAAGACGUAGGCCAAGAUUUUUAGUGUAAAUAAAAUGAUUAUAUAUAUUAUUAGUUAAGUGUACAAAAACACAAUAAACUUUGAUACAAAAAAAAAUGUAUUUUCAUUUUGUA